UGCAUUCGUGCGAGCAUCGAACGUAAUAAGCAGUUCAUGUCCAAAAGACUGUGGGAAUAACGUUAGCAUUCCAUACCCUUUUGGAAUCGGAGAUGGUUGCUACGUCGGAGAUUGGUUUGAAAUAGUCUGCAGAAAUUACUCUUAUGAUCUGGGAUUUCCAAAGCCCUUUUUGAAGAGGUUCAACUUGGAGGUGCUGGAGAUUAACAUAGAUUUACCAGGCACAGUUCGCGUCAGCUAUCCCAUAUUUUCGAGCUGUUCCAAUGUCACGAACAGCACUAAUAAUCUGGAGUUAGGGAAAAGUCCUUUCAUCUUCUCCUCCUACAACAACAGCUUCGUUGCCAUGGGUUGCAACAACUCUGCCUCCAUGUGGUCCUUUCCCGAUGACUCGGUUUCAUAUGGUGGGUGCAAAUCCCCUUGUGACAGAGCUCCAUUCAAAAAUGGAAGUCUUUGCAUGCGCAACGCCACAAACUGUUGCCAAACUACAAUCCCUUCUAAUCUCCAUGCUUUCUCUACAACUAUAGAGCCGAAAAAUAAUGGCAGUAGUGAGUGCAACUAUGCAUUUUUGAUAGACCGGAAUUGGUUUGAGACCAAAUUUACAGAGCCGAAUCCAAAUAUGUCUGUUCCAGUGGUAUUGGAAUGGGGGAUUGACAAUACUUCUUUCUAUUCUCUUCCCAUACGGAAAAACUCGACGGCAAGGGAAUUCAAGAACUCAACCUAUUCUUGUUAUCGACUGAUCUCGAGGAUGGGAGACCUUGGUACUCCUAGGUGUGGGUGCGAGAAUGGCUAUAGUGGAAAUCCCUACCUUCUUGGAGGAUGUCGAGAUGUUGACGAAUGUGAAGACCCUCGCCUCAACCAUUGUACAAAUGAUAUUGCACGCUGUGAAAAUACUGAAGGUUAUUACCGUUGUGUUCCUCCUAAGAACAAGAAGCCUUUCAUAAUCAUAGGUGUUAGCACAAGCCUUGGUGUAUUAUUUCUGAUUUUCGGUGGAUGGUGGUCAUACAAAGCGAUAAAGAAAAGGAGGAGGGUUAAACGCAAGGAGAAGUUCUUCAAACAAAAUGGUGGACUACUGCUAGAGCAACAACUAUCUACAAACAACAAAGACAAUGUUGAGAACACCAAAUUGUUUAAUUCAAAGGAAUUGGAGAAGGCCACUGAUCGUUUUAGUAAGAAUAGAAUAAUUGGGCAUGGUGGACAAGGCACUAUUUACAAAGGUAUGUUGGCUGAUGGAAGAAUUGUUGCAAUAAAAAAAUCCAACAUAAUAGAUGAAGAGAAACUUCAAGAAUUCAUAAAUGAAGUUGUGAUUCUUUCACAAAUUAAUCACAGGAAUGUGGUUAAGCUGCUUGGUUGUUGUUUGGAGACAGAAGUUCCGCUUCUAGUUUAUGAAUUCAUUCCUAAUGGAACUCUUGCCCAAUAUCUCAAUGGCCAAAAUGAGGAGUUUCCACCAACAUGGGAUAUGCGUUUACGAAUUGCUUUAGAAGUUGCAGGGGCUCUUUUCUACUUGCAUUCAGCAGCUUCUUCACCCAUUUACCAUCGCGACAUUAAGUCUACAAACAUCCUCUUAGAUAACAAGUAUAGAGCAAAAGUAGCAGAUUUUGGAAUUUCAAGAUCUGUUGCUAUCGAUCAAACUCAUCUAAGCACACUAGUACAUGGAACUUUUGGAUAUGUAGACCCUGAGUAUUUUUGGUCAAGCCAAUUUACAGAUAAGAGUGACGUUUAUAGUUUUGGUGUUGUUCUAGCUGAGCUCUUGACCGGAGAAAAAGCUAUCUCAUCAUCAAGAACUCGAGAUACCAAAAGUUUAGCUGCAUUUUUCGUUAGUUCAAUGGAAGGGAACAAUUUAUUUGACAUCCUUGAUAAUCGAGUUUUGAAGGAAGCAGAAAAAGAAAAAAUCAUUGCGGUUGCAAACCUUGCAAAAAGAUGCUUGAACUUGAACGGAAAGGAACGACCUUCAAUAAGAGAAGUUGCGAUUGAAUUGGAGGCCAACCAAAUGUCGCCAAAAGCUUUUAACCUUCAGCAAAAAUAUGGAGAGAUUGAAGACAUCAGAACAGAAAUAUACGAGCAAGAUGAUGUUGUUUCAAUAUCAACAACGUCAGGUAUGGAUAGUGUCAUCACGACCUCAUCUUUAAAUUCACAGCCAUUAUUAUUAUCUUCUUAAUCAUCAGGUGAUGUUACACCUUGAUUUGUGUUGUAUUGUUUGCUCAAUUUCAUCUUGUAAGCUCCAUAAUUUGCACUUUUCA